UUUUUCCAGAUUUUAUCCCUAUUAGUGCUUUAUCCACCUAAGUCCGUUAAGUUGAGCCUCUGCUCCUUCGGCCGUGUCGAUUUUGUGCUUGAGGUGAUCGAAAUCUUGUGAAUUUUGUGCUUGAGAUAGGACUCGUUGACCCGUUUUGUGAUAAUUAAUAUUUAUCAUGUCUAAUAGAAAGUGUUGUGUUCCCGGAUGUACAAAUGGCUUAGACACUACGGGUAUUUACAUAAAUUCCCUAAUCCAGAUAAGGAUAGGCAGCUAUUUAAUACAUGGGUCUUUCAUAUUGGUGGUGACAUUUUGCAACUUGAAAAUAACCAUAUUUUCAAAUACCGCCGCGUCUGUAAUGAUCAUUUCGAACCAAAAUAUUGGUGCCGGAAUAACCGACUUGCCAAAGGAGCUGUACCUACAAAAAACAUGCCAGGAUUAUCUUGCUCGAAAUUCAGCAUUGAAAAAAGAGCACUAAGACCUCUUCAGAUUUCAGGACCGUCUACAUCAAAAGAACCUGCGCAUCUACAUAUACACUCACAAGGUUCAAUUGAAGAUGUACAAAUGAAAGAGAAUCUUGAUCCUGUCACUUCAGAAUCUCAGUCUGUACACAGUGAUAGACAGCCUCAUAGUGAAGAAGAAAAUGUUGAGGUGGUGAAAGAUCUUGUGCAUCGCAAAGUUAAAUGUGUUAGUAAGAAGGCGGUAAAACAGGUUGCUGUUACGAAAACUGAGCGUGCUCUGUAUCAGAAAAUGCUGCAAGUUGGUGUGAAACUCAGCAAAUGCCGUAGCAAGGUUAAAAAGCAGGCAAUCAAGAUCAAGGCCCUGCAAAAUAUUACUACAAACCCUCAAUUUUAGAAACUCUAGACAAAA